AUGGAUGUGGGCACAGGAUCAUCUGGUGAACUGGCAGUCGAGCAGUUUGCAGCUUCGUCUGCGGCGGCUCGUUCCGCUGAAGCCCAACAACUACCGCCAUCUCUUGAGGUGGACCGGCGGCCUAGCGUCCGAUUCUCUGACCUCUCCACCACAACCGCAUCAACAUCGCCGGUCCGCGCUCGCAGCGACAGUGAAAGCAGGAACCGUGAUAAAAAGAGCGACCCGAAAGGCACUCGAUCUCCAUCUUCAGUGAUUAGUCCAGGCGACGAAAACCAACACGCUAUCUCCAGUGGCACAGCAACACCUCUAACCACUACCUCCUCCUCACGCACACUUGACCGUCGAAACAUUGAGUAUAAUGAUGACGAUGAGAUGACGGCUAUAAUCGGCGCGGAACGGGGAAAUUCGCGCAACAAGGACUACCAAAGCUUUGACAAAGGCUUGAGGAACACUGCGGCGGGCAAGGGAAAGAAACCGUCACCUUCGACGGCCACUCCCAGCGAUUUGACACAAACAAAUGCCGAUGAGCGUCGAGGACAAAAUGCUGGUGAUGAUGUUCCUGAUGAAGAGACGUCGGAACUUUCAUGGUGGAGACAUUUUCUGGACAAGUUUGGCGCCAUAGAGUUGGAUAACAAGGGAAGCGUUGCCAGAGACCACUUGGCGCUUGAACGGACUUUUCUCGCAUGGCUUCGGACAUCGCUCUCCUUUGCUAGUAUUGGCAUUGCCGUGACCCAGCUCUUUCGGCUCAAUACGACUAUAAGCAAGAACGGCGGUGCCGAGGGCGCCUCAUCUCUCCGCCAAGUCGGCAAGCCACUUGGUGCAACGUUUCUUGCAAUUUCAAUUGUCAUUCUCUUUGUUGGCUUUCAUCGCUACUUUGAGAGCCAGCAUUGGAUCAUUCGCGGCAAGUUUCCAGCUAGUCGCGUCAGCAUUGCCCUCGUUGCCUUUAUCGCUGGCGCCCUCAUUGUCGCAAGCUUGGUCGUAAUUCUUGCCGUCGCCCCGCAUGCUUUUGAGAGCUGA